CGCCCCCGUGCCCCACCUGUACGGAGGCUUCCCUCUUUCCAGUAUAUAUUGAAACCAAGCUUCUCUCGCACCUAAAACCUCUCAUAUUUGCAUGUGCUGCGGUUCAAAGACGAAUCUUUCGACCCGACCCGACCCGACCCGAUACGGCCCGGCCCGAGAACCCAUUGUCUUCCUCUGCCUCCGUCGCCGAUACGUCGGAGAUCCGAUAGAGAAGGAGGUCGAUAUAGCUGAUUCUCCAUUCGCCUGAAUUCUGCAUCCAUGCCGAUCGCGGCAGCGACAGCACCGCAGACAGAUCGCUCAGUCCCGACGGCGGUGGCGGUUCCGGUUCCGUUUCAGAUUUCGGCGGCCACGGCGGCGGUUGUUCCGGAGGGGAUUGGGAAGGACGCGCUACUCGCGUGGUUCAAGGGAGAGUUCGCGGCGGCGAACGCGAUAAUCGACGCGCUGUGCUCGCACCUGAAGAAGGCUAGUGUCGGAGCGGCGUCGGAUGAAUCGGAGUACGAGGCUGUGUUCGCGGCGCUCCAUCGCCGGCGGCUGAAUUGGAUCCCGGUGCUCCAGAUGCAGAAGUACCAUUCCAUCGCGGAGGUCGCGAUCGAGCUGCAGAAGGUGGCGGCGAAGAAGGCAGCGGAUCUGAAAGAGAAGAAAGCAGAGGAGGUGAAGGCGUGUUUAGAAGGCGAGAAAGUGACGGAAAAUGAGCCAAACGGAGACGUGGAGGAGGUGGAAGACGAUUCCCCAAGCAGCGAAAUCACUGAAGCAGGAUCUCAGGAAAAUCACCAGCAGAGCAGCCAGGGACAGGACAUGACGCAGGUAUGCGAAAACCAUGAAGAAUGCGAUGGACGUUCAAGUGAGAUAAAGCCUAUUAAAGGGUUCCAAGCAAAGGAGCAUGUCAAAGGCCACACGGUUAACGUAGUCAAGGGACUGAAGCUAUAUGAAGACAUACUCACCCCUCAUGAGCUCUCCAAGCUAACCGACUUGGUCUCUCAGCUCCGAGCUUCUGGCCAAAAUGGCAAGCUUUCAGGUGAGACCUUCAUCUUGUUCAACAAGCAAAUGAAGGGAAACAAGAGGGAGAUGAUUCAGCUCGGUGUCCCCAUCUUCGGCCAUCUCAAAGACGAACUCUCGACCGAUGAUGUCCACGCUGUUGAUAUCGAGCCGAUUCCCCCACUUCUCCAGAGUGUCAUUGAUCAUCUGGUCACAUGGAAACUCAUUCCCGAAUACAAGAAACCAAACGGCUGCAUCAUUAACUUCUUCGAGGAGGGUGAAUACUCGCAGCCGUUUCUCAAGCCACCUCACCUAGAGCAACCCAUCUCCACUCUCGUCCUCUCUGAAUCGACUCUGGCAUUUGGACGCAUUCUCUCGAGUGAUAAUGAGGGGAACUUCAGAGGGCCACUCACUCUCUCCCUGAAACAAGGGUCUCUCUUGGUUAUGAGGGGAAACAGUGCCGAUAUGGCAAGGCAUGUCAUGUGUCCAUCUCACACCAAAAGGGUCAGUAUCACACUCUUCCGAGUACGGCCAGAAGCAAGCCAGAUCCAUUCACUACCAACCACUCUCCAGACCGAUGGUGGCGUAAUGACAAUGUGGCAACCAUGCCAUUACCCUAUGGCAGCACCAACACCAUUCCUCAACGGCUAUGAACCAAUGGACCUGAUGCCGAAAUUAGGGGUCCUUGGCACAGCGCCCAUGGUCAUGCUGGCUCCACCACCACUGCAGCCGACGGUAUUAACCAGCCCAAAGAGCUUAGCCACUGCUGGCGGCGGCACAGGUGUUUUCUUGCCAUGGGCAGUAUCGCCCAGAAAACACGUGAAACAUCUGCCUCCACGUGCCCAGAAGAGACGGCUGCUUUCUCUGCCUGCUUCCUCGUCCAGUAGUAGUGAGUCCACCUCUGAACCUGGAAUAAGCGUGGGCGGAGGAGCAUAAGCCUUAAGUCCACACACACAAUGUCUAACCUCUUGGAAACAGAGCUUCAAACCCGAGAUCAGAGGUCCAGCAAACUGUUGUCCGAUUUCCUUUCCCUGUUCUGUUGAGAUCUCCGCUUAUUUUUUUCUUCUCUUUUUCCCAGUUCAGUUUAGGUUCCAUAGGUCAUCAUCAUGCCUGUCCUAUUCAGGCUUAGAGGGAUAGAUCAGUCAGUUAUAUUAUGUUCCCAGGCAUGAGAACUCAAGCAGGGGGUCUUCAUUUUGUAUGAUUUAGAUAUCGAUAUAUCAUCAAUCCUAUUUCCCAA